UGCUCACUUGAGUAGGAAGAACAUAGCAUCACUCACCACUAUAGUUUGUCUAGUAGUAAAAGAAACGGCAUUCAUCUGCAAUAUGCCGACUUAGUUUUUAGUAGGAUUUAGGCUUUAUGCAUAUCUUUAGCGUAGCGGUGAAGACGAAGGGAUAUUUCUAAGUAAGAAGUUGCCCGUGUUUGCACCGAAUGCCAAUCGGAGAGGUGUUUAACGUUAAGGUUGUACCUUCUACACGGGCCGAAAGACCAACACAACUCAAGGUGCAUCUCCUGAGCCUGUCUGGAGACACAAGUCGUCCGCUAUGGCAGGGAGAGGCCGAGGAAGAACCCAGUUCACCUUUAACGUGGACUCGCUGGGCUUUGGGAGAGGAGAGGCAUUACCUGCCAGUGCACUCGUACCAUCCCCACUUUUCCCUCCUCUGCAGUUCAGGCCAGUCCCUCUGCCUACAGGGGAAGAAGUGGAUUACAUGCUGGCUCUUAAACAGGAACUGAGAGCCUCCAGCAAAAUUCUGCCUUCCCACAUUCGUCCAGGCAGAGUAAAGAUCGAUGUGGACCGUUACUCUGAUAAAUACCAAAGUGGAGAGCCAAAACACAGCGCUGUAGAAUGGAAUCCAGACUGGAGUCGACUCCCUAGGGAGCUCUGCAUUAUGGGACCUAAAACACGCAAAGCAAAGGCCAGACCCCCACUGAAACACAAAGUAAAAACCACUACUGCUAAAGAACUUGUCCAAAAACUGGAGACACUUGAGAAGAACGAGAAAAACCAGUCGGAGGGGGAGGAGGAUGAGGAGAAGAAAAAGACAGGAGAGGAGGAAGAAGAGUCUGGAGAAGGAGAAGACUAUGAUGAAGAAGAAUUCGAAGAGGAGACAGACUACAUCAUGUCUUACUUUGACAACGGUGAAGAUUUUGGAGGAGAUAGUGAUGACAAUAUGGAUGAGGCCACCUACUAGAAACCUUUGAGAAAGUCUGAUUUAUUCCAGUCUUCUUUUACACGAGGAAGUGUUUGUGUCUUAUCAACAGGAUGGGACAUCUGUGCUGCUAUAAUGUUUAGAAAACAAAAAUAAGGUAACCAGUGACCUCUAACUUUAUACUUACCAGCAGUGGAUACAGAUAACCUCCACUGCUACCAUACUGAUGCUAUUAUUAUAACUAUUAUAUUGUUGUUACAUGUUACUACUAGGGGCAAUCAUUAAAGGCACACACUUUGUUUACAAAUUUUUGUUUAAUGAAUUUUAGGGUUUAUUUCUUAUUAUUAUUUUGAAUGUAAUUUUUUUAUGUAACUGACAACCUCCUAGUGCCAUUUGGUUGGAAGACAUUUCUAUUUGUAUUGUGUAAUAUGAAAUCGUCCAGCAGGGGGCAGUGCGUUGUCUAAUAUAAAUUGACAUGGGGUACCCUGAGGUGUGUACGUGCUCUCAGGAGCAGACUUCCACCGCCGCAACACGGCUCACAGGUGAUGUGCACAGCAGCGCUUGGAGGAAAGUCAGAGGAAUGUGUGAUUAGAACAUACUAUACAGUAUUCAUGAGCACUAAAUCUGGUCAUGUACCAAUCUGAACAACAACAGACGUUCCCAAACGACAUGUUGCACAAGACCAGGAAGUGUAGGUGGUACAUUCAGGUCAUGUAGGAGUCUGCAGAGAAUUGGUGUAACCCUGGAUCUCUACCUCCUCACCUCUGCAGCCUCUGAAACACCGUUUAGAGCCACACGCUUAAAUGGUAGCAAGGCCUGAUUUGCAUAUGGUUGACUUAACCGUUUUGAGGGCAUUCUCGUGUCCCUUAUCACCCUAACAUGUUUUUUUGUUUUUUGUUUGUUUUUUCUUCUCACUUGAGCUCAACCAAGACUAUUAAACAGGCCCUCCUGUUCUUAUUGGUUUUACUGGACCAGAUACGUCUUACAGUGUUACGGUUUAACUUGGCACUGGAUAUCCAUUAUAUUAUGGAUUACUGGCUUUAUGAUUUACUUUGUUCAGUUCAAGUGUAAAUGAUCAUAGAGUAUGUACAUAAAGAGCUGCUGUGUGA